AUGCGCAUUGUUCUUCUCGUUGGUGCCCUUGCGGCUUUGGCAACUGCGUUCCCGAGACCUCAGGAUGACACUCCAGACGAUACUCCAGAUGAGCCAUCGGACGAUCCAGCGACAAUUUCCUUGGGCUUCCCGACUGCUACCAUACCAGUCACCUUGAUCACUUCGCUCAAUAUCCCUGUGACAGAAUCCUUCGAAAUCGUCAAGCCUACGAAAAGCAAGAGGCCACACUGGGAGCCGAUCCCCAUCUUCACAAAACAAUGCAAGUGCGACGUCGCGACAGUUCGAUACCCGUGCUGGGCCACGGAUGCCUUACAGAAAUGCAACUACGAAGAAAACUUCUCAUACGGCUGCUACAUGGAAGCCGCCGGUGGAUGCCCGACGCCAACUAGAGCUAGAUCUCUUCAAACCAACACCCAUGACCGGCCGUCAUCCUUGCGAUUUUGGAGGAAGUCCGCCUCCAUUGCCGACACUGUUUCCGAACAUCACUACACUGGUACCUAUAUUGACGACAUCGACAUGGAAUGUGUCGCUGCCGACUGGGAAUAUCACGGUACCUGUGGUGCCGACUGCAAACGUCACGCUGCCUGUGCUGCCGACUGGAAAUGUCACUUUGCCGACUAUACUUCCUGUGUAAGAUUGCAAUACAUGUAUUCGCUCCCCGUAUACCGAUAG